UCUCUCCGGAUCCAACCACAUCCAUCUACCUCCGUUCUCAACCCUUCUCGUCAUCUCAUACGACCAUGUCCACCCCAACAUCACCCAAGGUCUGGUUCGUCACCGGUUCCUCGUCCGGCAUAGGCCGCCUCACCGUCGAAGCCGCCCUCCGCGCAGGCGAUAGCGUUGUCGCCACCCUGCGCAAGCCCUCCGUUCUCGAAUCGCUUCAGGCUGAAUACCCCGCGGAGCGGCUACUCGUUCUUCCUCUGGAUGUUUCCUCCUCUUCCCAGGUCAGCGACGCGUUUGAACUCGCUGUCAACGCGUUCGGGCGGAUCGACGUCGUCUUGAACAACGCGGGAUAUUACUUUAUCAGCGACGCGGAAGGUGUGCCGGAGGACCAGGCGAGGAAGAUGUUCGAUACGGUGUUUUGGGGCGCGGCGAACGUCACGGGGGAGGCGAUCAGGGUGUUCAGAGAUGUGAAUGGUAAGGAAGAGAAGAGCGGGAGAGGGAUAGGAGGGAGGUUGCUGCAGAUGAGCUCGAGGACGGCGGUGUCGCCGCAGGCAGGGAGUAUACAUUAUGCUGCUGCGAAAGCGGCACUAGAGACUCUAUCGGAUGGUUACGCCACAGAACUUGACCCAGCGUGGAACAUCAAGAUAUCCUGCAUAGAGCCCGGCCUCUUCCACACCUCCGCACCCGCAAACAGCACCAUGCUCCCGCCGCAUCCAGCAUAUACCUCUCCCUCGCUUCCCGUGACACAGUACCGCGCACUGUACAACCAUCCCGACGGGAUCGAGCACAUCUUUACCGGCGAUCCGGCGAAGCUCGCGCAGCUCAUGCUGCGCCUCGCAGAUCUCGAAGAACCGCCGGCGAGGCUGCCCGUGCACGCAGUGUCGCUCGCAGCAGUGAGGCAUAAGGGCGAAAGUUUGGUGAAGACGGUGGAUGAAUAUGCGAGCUGGAGCGAUGAUGUGUACUUAGAAGGGGUUGAGGUGAAGGAGUACAAGGCUGGGGAGAAGUUUUUGUUCAAGUAGAGUGGGUUUAUCCAUGAAUUUGUCGGACACGCAACAAGUACUCUAGAGUGACUUUGCGAAUUACGAUCCUCCUUCCGAGAAGUGACAUAAUGUACAUGGGUAAACAUGGAAAAAAUCCGUGGCCAUAAUUACUUCGCAAGCCGCCAACUCGGGCGAACUCUCGAAUCUACGUCCCUUAUCCCGCUACACAACCGGCGCCCCUGCCCCAAAUGCUCCAGGGACCGUAUACUUCCCCAAGGUAUCCCGAUGAUGAUGGGUAUUAUGAUGCCGAUGCCUACGCCUCCGAGAAGGUAACUCAAUAACUGUAGCACCACCAGGUUGCUGAUACGUAGUCGCGCCAGCGUAUGGUCGCCCGCGCCCGUCGAGGACGGGGGCCGUCCGCGAGGUGGUGGCCGCCGGCUGCGUUUGCACUUGUUGAACCGGCGCGGAUGUCGUCGGAAGAGUUGUUGAGGAGGCCAAAGGCUGUUGAGCCGACGUGGGCGCCAAAGGGAGGGGCGAGGUUCUGCCCAUGUCGCCUCCCAUGCCGCCUCCCAUGCCGCCUCCCAUACCACCUCCCAUACCACCUCCCAUACCGCCUCCCAUACCGUUGCCCAUACCGUUGCCCAUACCAUUGCCCAUACCGCCUCCCAUACCG